GGCUCCGGGCACGGGAGGCCUGCCUUCAGCUGCCUCCGCGCGGUCUGGGGCGCAGCUGCCGGGGAGAGCGCGGUCACUUUUACCGGGACGUCCUAGAUGCAUUUUGUAGGAAUACUUUGAGGAUGAAAGUUUUCAAAUCAUUUUGAAAUUUCCAAGCUUCACAUACAUGGGAUGCAUCCUGCUUUCAUCUCCGAGUUCACCUCUGUGGAUUUAUCACAGUAGCGUUUGUCUUCAAUUUCUGUGCUGUCUAGAAGCCGAGGAAAGACAUGAGGAGAUUUGUCUACUGCAAGGUGGUUCUGGCCACUUCGCUGAUGUGGGUUCUUGUCGAUGUCUUCCUGCUCCUGUACUUCAGCGAGUGUAACAAGUGUGAUGACAAGCAGGAGCGGUCACUGCUGCCCGCACUGAGGGCCGUCAUUUCAAGAAACCAAGAAGGUCCAGGAGAAAUGGGAAAGGCCGUGCUGAUUCCUAAAGAUGACCAAGAGAAGAUGAAAGAAUUGUUUAAAAUCAAUCAAUUUAAUCUCAUGGCCAGUGAUCUGAUUGCCCUUAACCGAAGUCUGCCGGAUGUCAGAUUAGAAGGAUGCAAGACGAAAGUCUACCCCGAUGAGCUUCCGAACACGAGUGUGGUCAUCGUGUUUCACAACGAGGCGUGGAGCACGCUCCUUCGCACUGUGUACAGUGUCAUAAACCGUUCCCCACACUACCUGCUCUCUGAGGUCAUCUUGGUAGAUGACGCCAGUGAGAGAGAUUUUCUCAAGUUGACCUUAGAGAAUUACGUGAAGAAUUUAGAAGUCCCGGUCAGAAUUAUCCGGAUGGAAGAGCGCUCGGGGUUAAUCCGUGCCCGUCUUCGAGGAGCAGCUGCUUCGAAAGGGCAGGUCAUAACUUUCUUGGACGCCCACUGUGAAUGCACGUUAGGAUGGCUGGAGCCUUUGCUGGCGAGAAUCAAGGAAGACAGGAAAACAGUUGUAUGCCCUAUCAUUGAUGUGAUUAGUGAUGAUACCUUUGAAUAUAUGGCUGGGUCGGACAUGACGUACGGGGGUUUUAACUGGAAGCUGAACUUCCGCUGGUACCCUGUUCCACAGAGAGAGAUGGACAGGAGGAAAGGGGACAGAACACUACCUGUCAGGACCCCUACUAUGGCUGGUGGCCUAUUUUCUAUUGACAGAAACUACUUUGAAGAGAUAGGAACUUACGAUGCAGGAAUGGAUAUCUGGGGUGGAGAGAAUCUUGAAAUGUCUUUUAGGAUUUGGCAGUGUGGAGGCUCUUUGGAGAUUGUGACUUGCUCCCACGUUGGUCAUGUUUUUCGGAAGGCCACCCCGUACACUUUCCCUGGCGGCACUGGCCAUGUCAUCAACAAGAACAACCGCAGACUGGCAGAAGUUUGGAUGGAUGAAUUUAAAGACUUCUUCUACAUCAUAUCCCCAGGUGUUGUCAAAGUGGAUUAUGGAGAUGUGUCAGUCAGAAAAACACUCAGAGAAAAUCUGAAGUGUAAGCCCUUUUCUUGGUACCUAGAAAACAUCUAUCCAGACUCCCAGAUCCCGAGACGUUAUUAUUCACUUGGUGAGAUAAGAAAUGUCGAAACCAAUCAAUGUUUAGACAACAUGGGCCGGAAAGAAAAUGAAAAAGUGGGUAUAUUCAAUUGUCAUGGCAUGGGAGGAAACCAGGUGUUUUCCUAUACGGCUGACAAGGAAAUCAGAACUGAUGACUUGUGCUUGGAUGUCUCCAGACUCAAUGGGCCUGUAAUUAUGUUAAAGUGCCAUCACAUGCGAGGGAACCAGCUGUGGGAAUACGAUGCUGAGAGACUCACCUUGAGACAUGUAAACAGUAACCAGUGUCUUGAUGAACCCUCUGAAGACGACAAAAUGGUACCCACCAUGCAGGACUGUAGUGGAAGCAGAUCCCAGCAGUGGCUGCUAAGGAACAUGACCUUGGGGGCAUGAAGACCGUGUGCCCCAACCCAUGAGCGUGUCUACACUUUUAUUUUUCCAUUAUUUCCAUUAGGGGAAAAUAUUAACUUUGCUGAAUGGAAAGUUUUAAAAUUCUUUUUAGUAUUCUAAAACACAGUUGUUUAUAAUUCAUUUUUAGAAAUGUUUGAUUAUUUCCCUACUAAAAUUUGUAUCUGAUUCAAGAAGCACAUUUAAAAAAAACAUGAAUAAUAGCAAACUGUUACUAAACAUUGGAACAACUUGAGAGUCAAAUUGUUUUGCUUUAAACAGUCUUUACUGCCCUCUUGCAGGGUUAGUUGGCGGGGAGUCAUUUUAUGUUGGGUUGUCACAGUGAUUGAAAAGAAAUGAUGUAAAUGCCUUAUGAAAUGCCUUCAUUAUGAAAUAGCAAUUGCUUUACAAACUCACUCUACUGGAACUUCUUGGAAACAUCGAAUUUCUGUGUCAACAACAGGACUAUACCUUGAAUUAUGAGCAUUGAACUCAUUGUACAAAAGGUUAGUUUCCAAAUUUUGUACCAGGGAAAAAAAAUUGGAUAGUGAGUUCAUAGAAAUCUUGCAAAGCAUCAUGAUUAAACAAAGAAAGAAAAGAAUUCAAAAAUUCCAUUUAGAUAAGAAACUUACAUUCUAGUGAAAUAGGAAGAAAUUACACAGAUAUGGAAGGUAACGGCAUGAAGUUAAACCAAAACAAGUGUUGUAAAAGCCGGGUAGCUGUGUGACAGUCAUUCUUGAGACAAGCUGAAAACAACCCUGCCCCCAGAGCCGAUGUCACAAACUCAGCUUUGUCUUGUUUCCGUGAACCGUGCCGUCCUUGUCUCCUUACUCCACACUGUGGUUUGUUACCAACACUGUAUAGAACGUAGGUAAGGGUACAGUUUUAGCCUUAUGUUCAACUCUUUCACCUUGAGAGAUUGUAGUUAAUUCAUUUCUGUCACUUUUAUUUUGUAUUAAGAAAUAUAUUGUAAUCAGAUUAUCAUUGCUACGCUAUAAUGUCAUUGUAUAAUUUUAUCACUGGGAGAGUAAACUCAAACAGUCAUUAAACAUGUAUUCUAAUUAAGCUUUUAAAUAUCAUUUGCCAUAAAUUAUGGCCCAAAGAAUACAGUCAUAAUUAGGCUAGUUUUACAAGUUCUUUCCACCUGAAAACUCUUUGUGUUCAAAACACAUGAGAAGUUGUUAUGAAAAUGAAAAAAAAUGUACAAAUGAGUUUUUCACUAGUAAGUUUCUGUAUCUGAUACCAUAUUAAGUGCCCAUAAAAUGGGUCUACCUAUGAGUUUUCAUUAUAAAUGUACACAACAGCCAGAGAAAUUGGCAGUGUGAGGCAGAAGAUGGAAAAUGUGUCUUCUGGAGCAGAAAAUUCCAUUUAUUGCCUCAUUUUUACCUAUAAAGCUUUUAUGUAGAGAAUAUAUCAACGUAUCAGUCAGCUUGGUUACACACUCCUCUGUCCUUUCUGUCUCUCUCUGUCUCUCUGUCUCUCUCUCUGUCUCUCUCUCUCUCACACACACCCCUUUAUGGUGAAAAGGACACUUUCCAAAGAGCAAUGAAAUCUAGGUUUUUCUCAGCUAGCUAGCACCCCAUUCUCUUUAGAUUUAUAUUGGUGCAACUCUAAAAAAGAAUUCAACAACCUGGAGCAUUUCAGGUUUAGUCCUGAAAAGGUAGACAUGCCCCACUCCAAGGUCUCACAAUUCUUAAAUCUCCUAAAUUUAUAAGUAAAAGUUUAAAUUUCAGAGCUUUUACUUUUCUGAGGAUAGACCCUAGCGUUCACAGCACUUUUAGAAUGGAAGGUGAGAUUCCCAUGAGGUACUGACCCCAACAUUUAAUUGAUUGUGCCCUAUCGGGUCAGCUAAGACUUUAUAACAAGCCUAUUUUCCUUUUUCUACUCUGUUUCUCCUCCAUUUUCUUCUCAUUUUAACUAAAAAAAGGUAAAAUAUUUGUGUGCACAUGAAAAGCUUAACCUGUAGGAUUCUUUUAAAUAAUAGGUCCUGUUUAUUUUUUGUCAAUUGAAAUGUAUAUGUUACCUAGAACAUGGUGAAUGACAAAUUUUUAAAAAUAUAGCUACUUCAUGGAAACUGAA